CACACACACACACACUGAGCUGGUGCCAAAUGUGGUGUAACCCCCCCAAUAGAAGAGAGUGUGUGUGUGCGUGUGUGUCCUCUUGGCAGGCGGAGAGAGGAGUGUGUGUGUUCCAUACAUCAUCCCAGCGAGAGAGCGGAGAGGAGGAGAGAGACAACUUCACCAUAAGCGGCGCGCACAGUCCAGCAGGAGAGCGCGCAGCGUGCACACACCCGUGGUCCGCGCUCGUCCGUGUGCGGGUUUGAUUCCGAAAGGAGGAAGAGAAGCGGAAAGUUAUUCAGAGUCGGGAUGCAUCUGUGAGCAGACUUCCACCAAAGUGUCGGGACUUCGUCAGUGGUUGCGUUCAAGUGGAUGAUAAUAUUAUUCCGAAGAAUAUUAUCACGGGAGUGCGUGCGCAGAAGGAUCCAGGCUCGAUUGCACGCGACCGGCAGGAGCAAACUACAGCAUGAUUGUGCUUUAUCUCAUCUUUUGCCUUAUGGCCACUGUCGCCACACGAGCAGCCUACUUCUCCCAGCAGCCUCAGGACCAGGUGGUGGUGUCUGGGCAGUCCGUCACUCUACCAUGUGUCAUUGUGGGCUACCGGGGUAUGGUGCAGUGGACCAAAGAUGGACUGGCGUUGGGUGGUGAGAGAGACCUACCAGGCUGGACGCGCUACUCCUUAAUGGGCGACCCGCUAUCAGGCGAGCACAGCUUGCUGAUCGAUUCGGCAGAGCUGGUGGAUGACGCCGUGUACGAAUGUCAGGCGACACAGGCGGGCCUGCGCUCCCACCGUGCCAAGCUCACUGUGCAAGUCCCUCCCUUGGAUCCCGUAGUGGAGGGCGGUCCUGUCGUGCGUCUUAAAGCGCACACGCCAUACAACCUCACCUGCAGAUCCUCGGGGGCCAAACCGGCUGCUGAGAUCACCUGGUACAGAGAUGGCGAAGUCAUGGAAACGACCAUUUACUCCAAGACACUGAUGGAGGAUGGGAAGAGGGAGGCAGCUGUCAGUAUGCUUCCAAUCAUCCCGGAGGACAGCGACUCCGGCCGCACCUACACCUGCAGGGUUCUUAACCCAGCUGCCCCUGCUGGGAGACAGACAUCCAUCACUAUCAAUGUCCAACACCCUCCUGCGGUGGUUUUAUCAGUGCAGCCUCAGACGGUGACCGAGGGCGCCAAAGUGCUUUUCAUAUGCACUGCUUCAGCCAAUCCAGAAAUCACCGGCUACAGGUGGUCUAAAGGAGGAGUACCCAUCUCCGAGGCAAACGGGGACAGCCUUGAGGUGACGGUGGACUACUCCUACUUCACAGACCCAGUUUCCUGCGAGGUGUCCAACUCUGUCGGCAGCACCAACGUUAGCACCCUGGUUGAUGUUCAAUUUGGCCCCAGAUUGCUGUCAGGGCCCAAGCCAAUGACGGUGGACAUUGGCAUGGAUGCAGCCUUCACAUGCACAUGGACUGGAAACCCUCCUUUGACCCUGGCCUGGACCAAGCAGGGCUCAAGCGAGGUGCUUAGCAACAGUAACACCUUGCAGCUGAAAGCCGUAACGCAGGCGGAUGCUGGUACUUACACCUGCAAGGCCAUCGUACCUCGAAUCGGAGUUGCAGAACGAGAAGCCACCCUGACUGUAAAUGGCCCACCUAUUAUCACAGCAGAGCCCACACAGCAUGCAGUCAAGCACUCCAAGGGCAAGCUGGAGUGCCGGGUGGGAAGCAGCCCGCCACCUUAUAAGAUUGUAUGGUCGUUUGGAGACAUCAGCCUUUCCUCCGGUUCCUCUGGUCGUUACUCGGUGCAGACCGUGACCAGCGACCAAGGAGUCGUGUCUUCUCUGGUGCUGUCCGAGGCGCUGGCGCCGGAUUUUGAGCUGCGCUACAACUGUACUGCUUGGAACAACUUUGGCACUGGCACCGCCUUGGUCGCCCUGAAGGAGCAAGAAGCCCCGCCUAUGUUGUUAAUUGUUGGUGGCUCCGUCGGCGGAGGCAGCGUCCUGCUCAUCUGUGUCAUCGCGCUCGUCUCCAUCUGCUGCAGGCACACAGGCAAAGGUGAGCUCAACGGCAAAAGGUGCACGCGCCUAUCCAAGAGCGACAUCAGAGUUCAAAUAGUUCACAGCGACCACAACGCCACACGCGGCAAUGACGACGAGGAGGACGUCAAGGAGCCGAUGGCGCCAAACAGCAGCGAGUCUCCCGGGACAUCUCGCACAGAACACAGCGACCUCUUGGAAGAGGAGGAGGAUGAGAGAUCGGACAUCAAGGACCCCACUAACGGCUACUACAACGUACGAGGCCAUGAAGACCGCAACAUCCGCAGCAGUGGCUUCUCAGAGUACGUGCCCAACCCCCGGCCCGUCUACACGCCGUCACAGCUGCCCUCCCCGAGCCCCAUGUACAGCCAGCACGGCACCCAGCCACGGAUCUACGACUUUGCCCACCGAUACGCUGCCAACACGGUCACCCAGUCUGCGUACGAACAGCAGCCCGCCGCCCAGCAGCAACCCACUCAACCCGCCACCAUUUACCCCACCGACCCGCUCUACAGCGGCACCGCUUACUUGCCCGCCACCUACGGCCGCGCCUUCACCAAUUACGUCAAGCCCGCCUCCUACGAGAAAGUGGACGCCUUCGACCAGUCGGACCAAGGCAGCAAAGUGUCCAGCUCGUCCCGCUUCUCUUACGCCUCGUCACAAGUGUCCUCCCAGCAGUCGGACUACGGCCGACCCUCACAACGUAUGCAGACGCACGUUUGAUUAAACAAGUAUCUAAACACUAACAAGAACGGAGACGUUCUUAACUUUUGGACAUGUCGGUGCGGGAUCAAACAAAGCUGGAGAUUUCAGCAGAUUGUGAUGUUCAGGUGGAACUUGUAAUUCCAGAGUGGUAUCUCUUCACGAUCCAAACAUACGGAGAUGUUUGCUCAGCGGACAACUCAACAGUUGACUGUGGUACAGACUAGCUGCAUUCAAGAGUCUCCUUGCAGUUUUUCGCAGCCUGAGACAAACAUCAGCAACAACAACAAAAAAAUGUUCCUGCUGUUUUUGGUUGGCAUGCGAAAGGAAUUCGAAGCACAUUUGUGUGUCUGUUAUGAAUAAAAGACUGCCAGAGUAACAAACUAACCUGCACAACAGUGGAAUACUUUAACCUGAACUGGAUACUGAAAAACAAACAUCUUGGACUUGCGGACAAAAGAAAUAGUUUGAAGGGGGGAGCGCGAGCCUGGAUUUCAAUUAAAGACAAUGUGUGGAACAAGAAGGCCAUAGAAACCCAAAGAUGGUGAUUAUUUUACAGGGAGAAAUGGGGGUACUACAUUCCUUGCCCUGGUACUACACUUUUUUUUCUACAGUGUUUUGUGACUGAGGGGGGUAAAAGUAGGGUAUUACCAGAACAAUCAAGUGUGGUAGUUUGGAACAAGGUGGCAAUCUUGAGCUAAACUUGAAUGCGGCGUCAGCAUACUCGGCAGUCCUUAUGCGGACGUUUUGCAACUCAAUCAAACGGUCUCAAAAAUGUUUACAAGACGCAGUACUACCCUGAAAAAAAAUCUCUGUACAAAUGGCCGAGCCCAUGUUUUCUCUCUGUUGCAUGCAAUCAAUAUGUCUAGUGAAAACCUUCGCAUUUAAGAUUCAUGUUCAUUUCAUGUUAAAAUAUCUGGGGUCUCAUCUAUAAGACUAUGCGUAGUAUUCUGACUAAAAUGUAGGGUUGUGCCGAUCAUCUAGGAGUGGAAUCGGCGUAUGCCAAUCACAGUACAUUUUCCAAUGUAUGAGUGCUAUUGACAGUUUAACAAUAUCAACACAAUAUUUACACUAGUUCCGUAUUCUUUUCCUCAGUGUGAAAUAUUUAUGUUCAGCCUCCUCCUCCAGUGAUUAAUUAUACUUAAUGAUACAAUAAAAUGCAGUUUAUUUGCCUUUAUGGAGGUGUUUUUGUUAGCUUAGAGGAGAGGAUUAUAGAGACACAUAAUUAGCUGCUAGCCACUUAUCAGCCGGGGAACUAUAAAUAAACAGUAUCAGUCAGAGGGGAUCGGCAAUAGAAUGCAUAAAAUGGGCAAUGGCCAUGACAUACUUUUUCACGAAAAUCGGCCGAUACUGAUCGGUACGUCCCUACUAAAAGUCUUUCAUUCCACUAAACAGUUGUGUUUUUAUAGCUCUCAUACUUUGCAUCAAAAACCCAAAUGCAACUUUUCGGCCAUGUUUGGUACGAACGCAAGCUUUAUAGAUGAGACCGGUUGGAUUCUACCUUGUGGAUGUUUCAGUAUGGAUGCCUGUACUGCCAUUUGUCGCUUGCUGCCAGGCAGCCUGACAAGAGAACAAAUUACACGAAACACUGAGGAGGCAAACAUCAUCGCUUGUCUUUAUUUUUAUAUUUUAUAUAAGCCUUAAUGUACAGCGUGUAAGCCGCUCUAUUGUAAAGUACGGUAUCUUUAUAUAUUAUGUAUUUUGGUUGACUUCAUUUGGAUCCACACAUUUUCUUGCUUAGUUUAUCAAUCAUUCAAUGUUUUUUUUUUUGGAUCACAACUAAUUGCUCGUCCAUUCUUUUUAAAUAACGUAUUAAGAAUUUUAUUUGCUACAAAUGAGCUACCAUUUGCUUGUAUCUUUGUACACAUAUUUAUAUUUAAAUAAAAACA